AUGCCAUCCCCUCUUCCUCUUAAUCGUCUCCUCCACCUGGAAUUUUCUCCAUCUGUGAAUGCACGACCCUGCAGUAGCCCUUUGGUCUGUCCUGCCAAAGGAGAAAAGUUCUUUGGGGUGGGAAGUGUGUCUAGGAUUCGUCGGCUACCCCCCCACUUAGCAUGGUGUUCAAUCGAUUGGGAUCAGUUAUGUUUCCUGCAUCUCCUGGGCUCUGGUGGCUUUGGUUCUGUCUACAAGGCAAUUUACCAUGGAGCUACAGUGGCUGUAAAACAAGUGAAGAGAUGCAGUAAGAACCAUUUGGCAUCACGGCAAAGCUUCUGGGCAGAACUAAAUGUAGUACGUCUUGACCAUAACAAUGUGGUACGCAUAGUAGCUGCUAGCACAUGUACCCCUGCUAGUCAGGAUAGUUUGGGUACCAUAAUUAUGGAAUAUGUAGGUAAUUGCACUCUACAUCAUGUUAUCUAUGGGACUGGCUAUUUGACAGGAAAUAACAAUGAUAUCCUUAAAUGUGACCAUGGGUUUUUGAGUACCGCUCAGGCUGUCAUUUACUCCCAUGAUAUUGUGGCAGGAUUAAUGUUUCUCCAUUCUCAGUUAAUUGUACAUCUGGAUUUAAAACCUGCUAACAUAUUCAUCACAGAAGAUAAUGUUUGCAAGAUUGGAGACUUUGGAUGCUCCCAAAAGUUAGAAGAUAGUGAAUCAUCAGGACUAUAUAUUUGUCAUCAAGGAGGAACAUACACACAUCGUGCUCCUGAACUACUUAAAGGUGAAAAAAUCACAACCAAGGCAGAUAUCUAUUCUUUUGCUAUUACUCUAUGGCAAAUGGUAACACAGCAAGAGCCUUAUCUGGGUGAGCGCCAGUAUAUACUUUACUCUGUGGUAGCAUGUAACCUGCGCCCCUCUCUAAAUGCAGCUGUGUUUAAAGGUUCAGCCACUGGCCAACAACUAGAGACAAUAAUUGAAAGCUGUUGGGGAGCUGAUGUAGCCAAGCGUCCUAGUGCAGAAUGUCUCCUUCACAAUCUUCAUUGCUUGCCUGUAGUAGUAUAA